GGACCUGUCGACAGACAAGAACUGUAGAUAGCCUGAAAAGAAAAAAGAUAUCAUAAUUCAAUUCUUCUCUCUGAUUAAAAACAAACCUCAAAAUCAAACAAAAUAUAACUAAAACAAACAGCUUCAUCCUUUUUGAUAAGAUACAAAUAUAACUUAAGCGUUCAAAUGUCCCUAAAUAGUUGCUUCAUCAAACUGAUCCGAGCUGCCUUGUUCACGCUUCUCAGCCACUUUUUUCAGCUCCCUUUGGUUUUUGGUGAGCUAGAGUGUACUAGUGCUCACCACAAAAGCUGGUCCAGUACAUGCAUCUACAAAAACACCACUUGCUGUGACAGCUUCAAUGGAGACCGUUGUCUGCGUGAAAUGACAGGAAGAGAUGUGGCACCUCCAGAAGUCCGGUUCAGAGAGCAAUCUCUCUUCAUAGAUCACGGGAUGGACCGAAUCUGCAUCAAUGGGCUUAUGCCAAAGAAUGUGAGAGGAGAGAAGUGGUCGCUAUUGAAAGGCCUGAAAGUCGAAGUGUCAAUAGAGGACACGACCAGUGGAUUCCUGAUUGGCAGUCACAUGGCAGAGUUCAUGUUCACCAAUGAGAAUCGCGAAGCCAACGGGGGUCCCGAUCUGGAAGAUUUGCUCAUGUGCUUCCCGAUGGGAACCGCCGAAACUAUUCAGAAGCUCCGACUAUACCAUAGCGUGUUCUUCUGGCUUGUGAUGGUCCCUCUUCCGCCAAGUCUCCACUCACAUCCAGUGCAGUACCCUGGAAACCCAGUGCAGCUGUCAACUCUGCCAGUCAAACACAUGCAAGUGGACCCCUGGACCUGCAAACUGCUCACUCUCGAAGCAUUCAAUGACAGUGAAGCUGUUUUUCAUCAUCCUACUUCACCAGAAGACAGAGAAAAGAGCCUAUGGAGAACUCUGGCGGUGGUCUCAGCUAUAGCUUUGGGGGUGAUAGCCCUAGCUACUAUAAUUUUGGUGGCGCUUGUCUGUCUGGGAUGUAAGAGAUUCAAAAAAUCCUCGGAGUCGUCUGGAAGGCUCAUUUGCCAAGGAGAAGAGAGAGAGGAGGAAAAUUCUGAGCUAAGAGUGGACAUUGAAGGGGUAAAAACAAUUUUCAAGUCCGCCAACUCCGAGUCUGGAAUAAAAACAACGGAAAGUUAGCUUCUGAACGAAGCAAAAGUGAUGCUAUAAAACUUGACUAUAAAACUGAUGCAACAAAACUGAUGACAUAAAACUGAUGAUAUAAAACUGACGCUAUAAAACUGAUUAUUCAAAACUAAGAGUAAUUGGUUGUGAGAAACUUUACUAAGAAGAACCGUUAUGGUAAGUAUUAUCAUUCAAAAAACUAGCAACUUUUGCUUUUCUUUGCAAUUAAAAUGUUGCGGUUAUAAAACUUAUGUAUAUGCAUAUCGUUUUUUCUUCAUUUAAUAAAAAUUAAUUUUUGAUACUAAUUUGGAAAAUAUGUUUUAAUGAUAAAAAUUCAGCUUGUUAAUAUAAAU